UGUCCUAGCACACGUUUCUUGUUUUUCAAAAUCAUGACAACAUUCGUUCUUUACAUAUCAUAUUAAUUGAUUUAAUUGACGACUCAACGGUCAAUACGAUGCUGUUGAGACAGUUCGGUCUAUUAGGACUCUCAAUCCUUGCUUCGGUCCGAGCGGAAACUUCUACCACGGAAACUUCUACGACUGCUUCGGCGUCAAAAUCAAGCUCCGCAUCAUCAGCAUCCGAUUCCAGUUCGGCCACAAGUUCAUCCACAACCACAUCGAAGUCUGCUGCUGCCACACAUGUCGUAUCGGUCGGCGCAGUAAGUUGAUUUCUCGAUCGCAAUUGCUCCACAAUUAAAUGCUUAUGGUUAUUAGGAUGGCCUCAAUUACACUCCAAGAUCAUUGACCGCGAAUGUUGGGGAUAUUAUUGGUGGGGAAUAAAUCUAAAAUACACACUCGAUGAAUAACUAACUGAUCAUUUCAGAAUUUCGCUUCUAUCCUCUUAACCAUUCAGUGGCAAGAGCAGAAUACAAACGUAUUUUCUCCCGAGACCAUGCUUUCGUAGGCAACUGCUGAUUCUCCAACUUCGUAGAGCCAUGCAUACCUUACGAAGACACCGGCGCAGGGAAGGUCGGAUUUUGGAGUGGUUUCGAACCUAUUUCUAUUGUCACGAACGAUGUUAGUGUAACAUCUAUUGUCCUACGAAUUAAUCAACCUGAUGCUGACUGGUUUUAUCUAGCCGCCAAUGUAUAAUUUACUCAUCAAUGAUACAGAGCCCAUAUUUUUCUACUGCUCAGCUCCAGGAGCUUGUCAGGAUGGCAUGAUUGGGGUCAUUAAUCCAAAUACUACUCAAACAUUCGAUGUUCAAUUCGCAUACGCCGAGAACUCAACCAUGGAGUUCUCUCCUAAUGAAUAUUUCCCUUUAGAAACUUCAAAGCCAGUUGCCGGGACUGACUCUCAUAAACCAUUCCCACCUGGCGCAAUCGCCGGUAUCGUUAUUAGCGCAGUCGCAGUAAUAGCUUUAGCCGGAGCCCUAUUUUACAUGUGUGGCCGUCACAGAACCAUGAAGGAAGUUCUCCACAAUGGCUCAGCCGGACCUCAAACAAACGAUGCCUUCGACAAUAACCAUAAUUCUUACAUGUCACAAGGUGGCAAGUCAGUUUCCGAAGUCAAUUAUCGCAGCAUGUCGAAAUUUUCAUCUGGUCUCUCAGGUUUGGACACUGCGUCCGGACGCUUCUCGCCUCAUUACGGCGCUUACACGGAUCCCGAUGCAAAUAGUUUCAGAAGUCGAAGUCCACCGAUGGAUGAAGUGGGUAUGCAGACGGUUAGAAAUGGUCAAUAUCAGAGUGUGUCGGUCGGGAGUCCGCUGGGGAGCCCGGGCUUCCCUAAUCGCGCGUAUAACCACGAUUCGCAUUCUUCUGUUCAACAAUAUGGUGGGUCCACAUUGAGCGAGAUGGAUGAUCGAAGUGCGCAGGAUGUUUUGAGGUAUGUUUUGACCACUUCUUCCUUCUCUGAACCCUGUCAUAAGAUAUGAAAAAAAAAAAAGUCGCGGCUAAUCAGUAAACCACAGAAUGCAAGGAAAAGAAAUACAAAAUCAAGGAAAAGGCCCGAUAGAGUUACCCGUCCCAAGCAGAAGCGCGAGUAUGAUUGCGGGCGCACCUUCUCCCGAGAGAGAAAGACCCUUUUCAUAUACAGAUAGCGAGAGUGGAUAUGCGGGAAUGAUGAGAAGUAAUGUGGAGAUAACACGAUGAUUGGAUUCGUUGGAUAUAAUAUAGCAGGACGGAGUUUACUAGGUAAGGAAUGAAUGAAUGGCUUUUUUAUUCGCUUCAUAGGAUCGGGAUUUGGAGGAGGGAAAGAUCUUGUGCGGUCCUCCCUAUUGUCAGGUACCUACUUAUUAAUUGGUGAGAUGG